UUGUGCAGGAGUGUGAAUCUAGUGCAUGUACAUAUGCAUCCGUCUGAGGGCCUGUUAGCCUGUGCACUGUAUGUGUGUGUGUGUGUGACUGCGUGCACGCACAUACAGGUUUGCUGAGUUUAGUGGUGGGACACUGGAUCCCCACCCCCUGCAAACUACUGUCCUGUCACAUUUGUCCUGAAUAAAGGGAGAUUUGUGUAGCGUGCACAGUGGUUGUGUCUGCUCUUCAGACAUAAUCCUGGGAAGUGGUCCUGUAAUCCACCCACAUUUUAGACAGUGCAAAUUUCCUCACUGUUUCCAUGCACCGGGAAACUCAAAACACACACACAAACCACAUAGUCGAUUUCAUGUAGGUGGCCGAACUACAUUGCUCUUUAUAAAAACAACACAUUGUUGUAACUAUCUUACUGCACAUCAGAAUGAACAGUGGGGGUUGCCCGGGUGCAAGCAGAUUUUCACAAGUUAUCUAAUAUCAGUCAUACCAGCAACAUUAUUUACAACAAUAUAUACUAAUGCAUAUACUACAUAUGCACAUGGCACAUACAUUAGUUGUUUAAUACAAGUUUAAUCUUGGACAUUUUGAUGCACUCAAUGUGGAACGCUAAGUAUUUGCAAAUCCUUUGUGUCCCGCGUGACAAUGCUCCCUCGAUAAUUAUUUUGGUGGUUAUUACACCAAGCAACAGUCACCUCCGCGCUUCCGAGCUAUGAGCCGGAAUACCACUGGGGAAGUCGUGUUUAUUUUUUGUUUUUGUAGCGGUUCCCCAGCGUCACGUGACGCGUGUGUGCACGUGUAAUUGACAGAGCCGCUCAUGGAGAGAGGGGGAGGGAAAGAGAGAGAGAGACGCUGGGGCGAGUCGCGAUCGGAGGACUUCAGGCGAGGCUAAACUCGCUCCCCAGACCGGUGGGGCACACGCCGUGUCCCCGCGUCAUUGCGACGGUCACUCCCCAUGGUUACGCUGUUGUUGUUUAAAAAAAUUACACAAAACGGUCAUUAAUAAAUAGCAACAAUUUUCACAGACAAGGGAGAGUAGAUAAGAUAUGGGCAAGACUGUCCCGGAAAUCAUAUCUACUCGCAGCCGGUCACGUACUGUAUCUUUGCCUGCUACAGAGUAAUCCUGCACAGCUCUGAAGUCUUAAGCACCCGCUCUUCCUACGGACUAUAUGUGAGCGAAUUCCGCCAGUAAUUGGGUUAUCUGAUAUCCUAUAGGUACAUUUCAAUCUGCAAAACAAGAAAGAAAACAGAGAAGAAUGAUGUAUGUCUCUUUAAAAUGAGACCUUGCCUGAGAGAAAGACCGAGAGAAGUCUUCUUUUUAAUAUGAAACUUUCCAGCGCUCUAGUGCCGCUCUCCGCUCGCCGCGCCGCCAGUUGUGCUGCACACUCGUUUUUCAAAAGAGGAUUUAGCAGAAAAUGGGGAGAGGACGUGAGCUACGUGCGCAUCUAGGACUAGACGCGAUGAAAUGGAGAGCUUGGAACACACGGACCUUUUAAACAAAAGCUCUUCACACGGACCCGAGAGCCUCUCUUCCUCGCAGGAGAAAAAGCAUAACAGAGACCUUGUCCACUGCGCUGAUACACCGAUCCGACAGAGCAUGGGGCUGAAUGGGUACCCCACCGCUCCGGUGAGAUCAGCCACAGCUGCGGAGCUACUGGCUGACCUGGCUUCUAAACCUGUCUCCCCUGGGCCAACAGUUCUGAAGAAACAGGUGAAGACUGGGCUGCCACUGUACAACGGUGGGCUCGUGUCCCCUGGAGCGACCAUCGAGGGCAGCUGCAGCAGCAGUUUAGCACAGACGCCUGGUAGCUAUGUGAAGGGGGUAGCCGAGACGCCGAGCGGCCUCGUGCAACCCCUCAGCAGACCUUUGGAAAACGGGGACAGCAUGCCGCACGACAAAUGCGAGCUCUUAAUGAAAAGAGCAAACGGGGAUGUGCUGUUUAGACAUCUGCAAAAUCAGCGAAGGAGAGGCAGGGAGAACGGGGACUCAGAUUUGCUCGUAACAGGAGGGCCAGUCGUGGGCUCUCUCAAGGGGAAGACUUGCGGACCUGGGGAUCAGCCGUCCCCUGACUGCAAAAGGAGACGGGUGGAGGGCGAGCAGCCAAAUUCGGACGCGAGAGCACCGAGGGAACCGGCGCCGCAGACUGCCAGCGUCGACACCGGUGGCCGCCACAAUGGCCUGCCCUCCAACAACCACAAAGCACACCACGGCGGGCAAAAGCCCGGCGACAUCAGGCCCGCGCCGGACUCCACCCCGGGGCAGAAGGCGCGCACAUCGCCGGCGGAGGCGCAGGCCCUCCCGGCGAUGGCCAGCGUGGUGCCGGGGUGGUCGGCCGAGCGCAUCGCCCAGCAGUACAUCGUCCCCUGCAUGAAGCAGUACGGCAUCUGCCUGAAGGACGGCUUCCUGGGGCCGCAGCUGGGCGAGCGCGUGCUGAAGGAGGUGGAGACGCUCAACCAGAGCGGCAAGUUCCGUGGCGGCCAGCUGGUCAGCCAGCGGACCAUCCCGUCAGGCAACAUCCGGGGCGACCAGAUCGCCUGGGUGGAAGGCUGCGAGCCGGGCUGCGAGAACAUCGGGGCGCUCAUGGCCCACAUCGACGAGGCCGUCAUGUACAGCGCCAUGAACGGGCAGCUGGGCAACUGCGUCAUCAACGGCCGCACCAAGGCGAUGGUGGCAUGUUACCCAGGCAACGGGACAGGCUACGUGCGCCAUGUAGACAACCCCAACGGAGAUGGGCGCUGCAUUACCUGCAUCUAUUAUCUCAAUAAAAACUGGGACGUCAAGAUUCAUGGUGGCCUGCUACAGAUCUAUCCCGAAGGGCAGAACGUGGUGGCCAACAUUGAACCGCUUUUUGACCGCUUGCUCAUCUUCUGGUCGGACCGCCGGAACCCCCACGAGGUCAAGCCUGCCUACGCCACACGCUAUGCCAUCACGGUUUGGUACUUCGAUGCAAAGGAGCGGGCGGAAGCCAAAGAGAAAUACAGAUUGGCGGCUGGACAGAAAGGUGUUCAAGUGCCUGUCACGCAAAGCAACAAGACUUAAUUCUGGCCUUGCUGGACGCAGCCAAUCCCAGGAGUGUGUUCUGAAAAUGUAUGUGCCUACCUGCGUUGCUAUUGGACAAACUGUUGAGGGAGACUCGCUGUCCCAUUGUCCCUGAACCCCCUGCAGCCCCACCUCACCCUUCUCCUUGGCCCCACAUUAGCUAUGUGAAGAUUACUUGGUUACUGAAGGAGAGGGAGUGGGGAAUCAAAAAACAUGGAGACAGCAGGUGGGUGCGGGGGGUCAGAGGCGAAAGUCAGAAUCAAGCUCGACUGCCCAGAUGCCCUACAGUGGAAGGGAGAGAGAACUUUUCCCUCUUCCAUGAUGUCAGAAGGGACCUUUGUUCCUUUGGGUUUUUGUAUGUGAUUGUUACAGUCAUCAUGCAGUCAAAAAUCAGUCCGCAAGGGGAUGCCUUCUCUGCUUGGUGAAUGGCUGCAUCGAGACAGUGGAACGCAGCUAUCGGGCGCAUCACAGAACAGCUGUAGUGAAAGGGUGAAAGUGACAAUUGUGCAUUUUUAUAUCUCUGGGGUGGAAACCCCCAGAUCCCCACUUCAGACAUAACACCCUCACCCCUAGAUAAACACUAUAACUCCAUCCCCACCCCCAGUAACCCCACUUCCACAACAACCAGUCAUCGAGACUUGUCAUCCAUACACUCAGAUGUGGAAGGGUGUACUGGAGAUCCCCGUCCGCCUCUCCUGUCCACAUUUUUCACCCUCUCAAAUCUGCUGUAAAGGGUCAGUCCUUGCUGGGAUAAAAACUGCUACAUACCUGUGGUCUCAUUCACUUCGCUGCAGUGGAACUUCCUGUCUGCUCUUUGUCCAGGAGGAAGUGAUGUCAGCAGGCUGGUGCUUUCAUAGCAUCAUCUCUGCCACUCUGACUGGACAGCGCCUCAAGUGUAACGUAGACAUAUUCGUGCCAGCCCCUGUUUUGGUAUCAUCACUCUCUGACACGGACAGUAUGAGCCAGAAUCCAAGAUCGAAGGUCCUGCUGUAUUUAACGGAGACAGUGUAGCUCUCAAUGCCAAAAAAGUGCUAGUACAGUGUUCUAACAAAUAUGCCUGAACCAGGUAAACGAAAGAAUAUAGUUCCAUGGACCACGUGUGAUCACGUGGACAUUUCCUUUGUGAAAGUGCAUUUCCAGAAGUUUCAAAUAUAGAAGUGUUUACAGACACAGACAGAAACACAGAUACUGGUGCUCACACACUGGAGAAUGUGUGAGUUGAUGUGGGGGGUUGAGACCUGGUCUGUUUGUGUGUGUGUGUGUGUGUGUGUGUGUGUGUGUGUGUGUGUGUGUGUGUGAGAGAGCGUGUUUGUGUGUGUAUGUAUGUGUGAGAAAGAGACUGUCCAAGACAGCAUAUCUGUGGGUGACCACAGGCUGUCGGGUUUCUGGAACCAGUCAGCCUUGCUCCAUUCACGCAAAAGCUACAUUGCCUGCUACCAUGGGAAUUGGAGCCUCAGCAGUCAGAGGGAAGGUUAUUGCUCGCCCCUGUCCGUCUUAAAGGCUUGUUUUCCAACCCCCCUCUCACCGGGUUUGAUGUGGUCAGAGAGGUUCUUUUUACUUGUACCUGAACAUGUGCCUGUACUUGUACCUGUGUUCAUACUUGUGUGGUUAUGUAUAUCUGCAUUUCUGGAUGUGCUGAUCACUGUGCGUCUGACUGGUGAUACAUAUUUAAGCACCUGGCUUGUAUCACUGGUGCAGAGAAUGGUUCCUUACACCCCUAAGAUGAGAUCUCUCAUCUGAGUCUUUGCCCUUCAAAGCACUUGAACCCCCAAUGGAUAUUACUCUCAUUGUAAGAGUAAUUUAGUUUUGCCCUUAUAAUCCACACUUUACACAGAAGUACAAAAGUCCAUAGGGCUUAGAAUAGUCCCGGUUUAUUUAUUUUAUAUUUGAAUUAUUGGCAGAUGCUCCUGUACAGACAAAUUUACAUUUUAUUUAUAAUCCUCUCUUUUGGCUGGAUAUGUAUAGAAGCAGUUCAGGGUGACAUACCUUGAUAAAGGCUACAACCAUGCACCUGAGAAUGAACCUACAGCCUUCAGGGUAAACUCCAGUUACUCUUUGAACUGCACCAUUAUGCCACACUAACUCCUAUGUUGGUGUUUGGAUUGUAA